AUGUUUCGCUGGUUUAUAACUUUGUUAAUCUUGUGCCGAUAUACAAUUUUUACCGCAGGUAAUAAUGGGGUAUUUAAGGUAUCUCUCAACGGAGAAAAUAAUAUUUUAAUGAAUUGGGCAUUGGAUUAUAAUUCUGAAACAGUUAUAUUUGAAAUUCACAUUCCUUCAGAUUAUGGCUGGUUUGCUCUUGGAUUUUCAGAUAGGGGCGAAUUAUUUCCAGCAGAUUAUUGCUUGCUUUCGCAAGAUUUAAACGGGAAAUUUAAAUUGCACGAUACUUGGGCAAAUAAAGAUGGGGUUUUACACAUUGACGAUAAACAAGAUUGUGUUGGUUUUCACAUAAAGAAAACGAAGGAAAUUAUUAAAUACACUUUUAAAAGAAAAUUGGAUACGUGUGAUUUGAAGGACUACAUUAUAGAGGAUGGUACAACCCAUGUGGUGUGGUCCAGAGGCAAGAGGCCCCUGUACAGGGUCGACGGUUUAAACGUUAGUUCGGAGAAAAGCGGUGACACCGGAAUGGUCCGGGUGCAUUUGCUGAAAAAUCCGGAAGUGAACGCAAAUCUUCCGGAACACGUGAAACCUUUAAAUAUACUGGCAGACAAGGUGAAGGUUCCCAAUGAGGAAACAACCUAUUGGUGCCGUGUAAUUAAGUUGCCCGACGAGUAUAAGAAAAAACACCACAUAUAUCAGUAUGAAUCAAACAUAGAAGAGUCGAGCCAAGGUUUGGUGCAUCACAUGGAAGUUUUUCAUUGCGAAACAGAUGCGAAAAGAGACAUACCACUGUACAGUGGAAAUUGUUUUGGCGAAGAUAGACCCCCAGAAACGCAAGUUUGUAAAAGGGUUCUGGCUGCCUGGGCUAUGGGGGCCCCGCCUUUUAUUUACCCCAAGGAAGCUUCAUUGCCUAUUGGAGGAGAGAAGUUUAACCAAUAUUUAAUGCUAGAAAUUCAUUAUAACAAUCCAGAACUUAUUAAAGGUAAAAUUGACUCAUCAGGCAUAACAAUGUACACAUCAGCAAUAUUAAAGGACAUUGAUGCCGGCGUAAUCGAGUUGGGUCUUGAGUAUACAGACAAAAUGGCCAUUCCACCUGGCCAAGAAUCAUUUCCGCUUUUUGGCUAUUGCACCAGCGCAUGUACUGCCAUGAGCCUUCCUUCUACCGGAAUAACAAUAUUCGGGUCCCAAUUGCACACUCAUCUGACAGGAGUUAAAGUACUAACUAGACAUUUCGAUGCCUACGGCAACGAGCUGCCAGAACUAAACAGAGACAACCAUUACAGCACGCAUUAUCAGGAAAUACGGAGGCUAAAACGCCCCGUCAAAGUUUUACCGGGUCAUGCUUUGAUAACGAGAUGCGAUUACAGUACGAAACACAAGACGAAUGUAACGUUGGGAGGAUUUCAGAUAACAGACGAAAUGUGCGUGAAUUACGUUCAUUAUUACCCGCACACUGAUCUGGAAGUUUGCAAAAGUUCCAUUAGCGACCAGGCGUUAGCCACGUUUUUCAGAUAUAUGAACGAGUGGGAAAACCAAGAGACUUCUCCAACAAAGGGAGUUUCGGAAAAUUACAAGGCAAUCGAAUGGAACAAAAUGAGAGUGGAACUUUUAAGGGAAGUCUAUGGAGAAUCGCCCUUAAGCAUGCAAUGCAACAUGUCGAGUGGGGACAGGUUCCCUGGCUAUUGGGAAAACGCUUUUAUACCUCCAAUAAUUACCCCCCUUGCCCCACCAGCAAGGCAAUGUGACCAUUUGGAGUGA